AGGGAGUGAAUGUUCCGGGUCACAAACUGGACGGGAGAGGAAAUUAACUCGGGGGAAGAGAGAGAGAGAGAGAGAGAAAAAAAAACGAGAAUGCCACCUUCCUCUACCCACUGAGAUGUAGCGCGCGUGUGUAUUUUUUUUUUUUUACGCUUUCACGAGGGAUUUUAAAAGCGACGAGUCGAGGAACCGGAGUGGACGGAUACAGAAAGAGAGAGACACAUACAGAGAGAGAGAGAGAAAAAACAGGUGCCUACAAACUACAAAGUGAGACAACGACGGAGAAAUCCCCAUGUUCGUGGCGACCUGACGGACGCUAGCUCGGUUUAUUUACAGCGGGAGUUUCGGUGUUUACUUCCCGGAGAGUUUUCGUGUUUUCACGCUGAACUGUCCCGCCGUAGCAAUCUGUUGCAUCCCCCCUCCUCCUCCUUCUCCUCCUCCUCCUCUUCCUCCUCUUUCUCCUCUUCCUUCUCCCGCCGCCGUUUUGGUUUAACGCACGGCUGCGAGGUUUAUUUGCAGCGCUCGGCUCCCCCACUCCUCCUCCUCCUCCCUGUCCUCCUCCCUGUCCUCCUCCCGUGAUGUUUCACUGUAUACCCCUGUGGCGGUGCAACCGUCAUGUGGAGAUGAUCGAUAAACGCCACUGCUCCCUGCAGUAUGUCCCCGAUGAGAUUUAUCGCUACGGACGGAGUUUGGAGGAGCUGUUGCUGGAUGCCAACCAACUCCGGAACUUGCCCAAGCAAUUGUUCCAGCUGGUGAAACUAAGAAAACUUGGCCUGAGUGACAAUGAGAUCCAAAGGCUUCCACCGGAAAUAGCCAACUUUAUGCAGCUGGUAGAACUGGACGUCUCUCGAAAUGAUAUUAUGGAAAUUCCAGAGACCAUUUCGUACUGCAAAGCCCUCCAAGUGGCAGACUUCAGUGGAAAUCCAUUAACAAGGUUACCUGAAAGCUUUCCUGAGUUGCGGAAUCUAACAUGCCUUUCCAUCAAUGAUAUUUCACUCCAAGCUCUUCCAGAUAACAUCGGGAACCUCUCCAACUUGGUAUCACUAGAACUCAGAGAAAAUGUGCUGACAUUCCUGCCAGAGUCCCUAUCUCUGCUCCACAGACUUGAAGAACUCGACCUAGGCAAUAAUGAACUGUACUCUUUGCCCGAGUCAAUAGGCUGCCUGGUCAGCUUGAAGGACCUGUGGCUGGAUGGAAACCACCUGGCUGAAAUACCUGCAGAGAUGGGCAGUAUGAAAAGCCUGCUGUGUCUAGAUGUAUCAGAAAACAAACUGGAGCGACUUCCAGAGGAGUUGGGGGGCCUGGUGUCACUCACCGACCUGCUCGUGUCUCAGAACAACAUUGACGCUCUGCCGGAAAGCAUUGGAAAACUAAGAAAACUUUCAAUUUUGAAAGUUGACCAGAAUAGACUAACACAUCUUCCAGAGAGCAUUGGCAACUGUGAAAGUCUUACCGAGCUUGUACUGACGGAGAACCAGCUACAGAGUUUGCCUAGGAGUAUUGGGAAGCUGAAGCGACUCUUCAACUUCAACUGUGACAGAAACCAUCUAAUGUCGUUACCUAAGGAGGUCGGGGGCUGCAGCGGCCUGAACGUCUUCUGUGUGCGAGAAAACCGGCUGACGCGGAUACCGUCAGAGCUGUCUCAGGCCACAGAGCUGCACGUGCUCGACGUCUCCGGAAACCGGCUCACCCACUUGCCGAUGUCUCUGAUCACACUGCGACUGAAGGCCUUGUGGUUGUCGGAGAACCAGUCGCAGCCGCUCCUCACCUUCCAGACCGACGAGGAUCCCGAGUCGGGAGAGAAGGUGCUCACCUGCGUGCUGCUGCCUCAGCAGCCCUACGAACCAGACAACAAAGGCUCUGAUAACCUCACUCGCUUUGGGGCCUUGGAGAGCUUGGUGAAUGACAUGGCGGACGAAACGUGGGACAACAAGGCCAUGAACAGGACCAGUGCCAUUCACUUCCUAGAUGAGGAUGAUGAUGGGGACGAUGACAGCGCGGGAACACUACUCAGGCGGGCCACGCCUCACCCGGGUGAGCUGAAAACUAUGAAGAAAGCGGCCGAGAACCUCCGCAACGACAUGAACGCCGCCAAAGGCCUGGACUCCAACAAAAACGAGGUCAAUAACGCUGCAGACAGAGUGACAACGUCUCAACAGGUGGUUUCUUCUGAUUAUCUCCAGGAGUGUAGAAAGCCUCAUACUAACCAGUCCCUCAGGACCAGUUGCCAAAACUGGCCCAACCCAGGCUUCGGCUGGGUGGCAAACAAAGAGUGUCUACCAGGAAGACCUCAUCCGUUUCUGGCCAGCAACAGUGUGUGCGGUGGCUGCUCCAGGGCUGAGAAGGACAAAGAGGAAACUAAACAACCCCAGGAGGACGGUGCAGGCCAGCUGUCACAGGGUGAUGCUUUACCGCCUCGAUUUCUCCAUCAGAGAGGUGAAACCCAAGAGGGCAGGACAUUUCAACAUCACAGAGCUCUUAAUGCGGGGACCGGUCUCCAUGGAGACCUCUUCCACAACAUAAAGAUCUCAUCCAUCACAGGGACUCUGAAAUCAUCCGUGGAGACAGAGAAGAUCCUUCCUCAGGAAUCAUUCAUCUCCCAAGUGCCAUUAAGAUUACAGAUCAAAGUGUCUGGCCAGAGAGGUAGUUUGGGAAUCAGCAUUGCUGGUGGAAAGGGCUCUUUGCCUUACAAAGACCAUGAUGAGGGCAUUUUUAUUUCCCGAGUGACUAGAGGGGGGCCGUCGGAAAAAGCGGGAAUCCAUGUCGGAGAUAGAUUGCUGGAGGUCAACGGCCUCACUAUGCAGGGGGCCACCCACCACCAGGCGGUCAGUGCCCUGAGGAACGCUGGGAGCUGCAUCAAGAUGAAAGUGCUGAGAGAGAGGCUGCUACUUCGGGAGGUGGCUGAAUUGCGGCAGGAUCCUCAGGACGUCACAGGCAGCCAGGAAGGCAGGGGCCCGAGAAGCAAACAGGCCCAGAUGGAGAGCGCAGAAGACUGUUUGUCCAAGAGGAUUGAGGCUGUUGUCUGCAAUGGCAACGGCAUUACUGAUCUGGAGAGUGAGCUCAAUAGGACGAUGUCUGAACUGGAGGCAGAGGUGUUGACCAAAAAUGAUUCCCUUCAAGGGGACAAACAUAUGAUGACGAUCCCCCGGAUCAUCCUCACUCAUCCCUCCACCUCAGACGAAGACGUGGAGCCGUUGCUGCAAAGCCUGGGCAGAGAGCUGCCACCCGACAUUGGUCAUGACAAACGCCCACACUCUGACUGCUACGACAGUGCUUUCUACCCCCCUUGACCACGGUGAAGAAGAGCAAAGGCGAAGAAUGUGUUUUCUACUGUCGCUGCAAAGCUUUGUCCGCCUGAAUUGUUUGCUCGUGAAACUAUGUGGAAAGGAGUGUUAAAGCACGCUAGUUGCAAAAUGCUAAUGUUAAUUAAGGUCAAUUUCACGUUGAAAGAUGCAGGUGUUGUCUGCUUGAUACCACUACGUGUAAGUUAUGUCCUGGGAAAAGCAAUGCCAGCGUGAAGCCCUUCAACUUUUUAUAGUCUAUUCCCAGAUAAAAAAUGCCAUAAGGCUGAACAGAGUGCACAGCAGGGAGGCCGAGACUUGCAGAGCACCGAGACUGACUGAACUCUGCUUCACAUAUUCUCACACGUGCUGUAUGGACAAAACCCAGACUUGUAAGACCGUACGCUGUGCAGCGAUGUUUCGGAAAUGAAAGAAGCCGACAUCACUAAAGGCAGAAUCUGUAAUCGUACUUCCAAAGUCUAGAAACCACUUAGAUGUGAACCUGCCUUGUAUUUAUUUAACAGCUUUUAUACUCUCACAGUCACAGUUUAUCGUUCAGUGUUCACUUUUGCAAUAAAGAGCAAAUAUUUUCAA